CGCGGCAUCUUCAGACGACAUCGUAUCCUCCUGUCCACCAUGAAGGUCUUUGCUGCUCUCCUGUGCCUGCUGGUCAUAGCUGCCACCCUCAUCACCCAGCUGCUCGCUCAGCCAAAUGGGAUUAAUAUCUCAACCUGCUGCUACAAAUUUACCAAAAUUAUCAUCCCCAAGGAGAAUCUGGUCAGCUACAUGAAGAUCACCAGCAGCCGGUGUCCCAGGGAAGCUGUGAUCUUCAAGACCAUAAGGUCCAAGGAGAUCUGUGCAGACCCCAUGAAGAAGUGGGUUCAGGAACGGGUGAAAUACCUGGACAAGAAGAAAAUCCAAAUACCAAAGCCUUGAACUCUCAACGCCUGCUCUGAAGCCAAGUCAAGAUCUGAGCAACUAAGUUAUGUCCCCUCGCCUUCCCAAGUCAUCCCAAGUUUAUCUAAAUUGUAAUUGUAAGGAAUAUGAGUGCUGUAUAAAAUGUGAAUCAUGGUUUUUCUUCGGUCACAUUUGGCUUUUGCCAAGUUGAUACUGCUGUCACUGGGGAGUUGGGGGUGUUUUUUGAAUACAAGUUCCUGCACAUGACAGAUCACUCCGGCCCGUUUCUCCCCCCACUUAGAGCAAACUGCUCCUCUUUACACUACCUCACGCAGUGCAAAGAAGGUCCUUGUAAGAAUUAAUGCAAAUAUAUUGAUAUUCACAUAUAAUAAUUUUAAUUUACGAGUGGUGAUAUCUCUGUGAAACUAUAAUAUUACUGUAGAAUUGUAUGUUUUUUGUAUGUAUGCAUGACUCAUAUUUUUUCACCUAAAAUAUA